AUGUAUCGUGUGGCGAUGGUUGUCCGUCUGCCACCGCCUGGGAUGGUCCUUCUUGGCGCUGCCAGAGCAGCCAGUGGCAAACCACGUCUUGGAAUCACGUCGUACACCUUCACGAGCAGCAGUGCAUCUCAGUCUCAGACUCAGCAGAGCGAGGUGAGCAACUACUUUAACCGGCUGACAAACAGCUCGAGCUCGACGACCUACAAGGCCGGAAAGGUGACGGCCGCCGACGAGUCAGGCAGCGACGUGUCUAUUCUACAAUCCAGUGAGGCCGGCGUUGAAAAGACGUCCAGCGUUCAACAGCAAGACGACGAGACGGACGACACCAAGCAGGCAAGUACCAAGUCUGCGGUGGAGGCGUCGGGCACGAGUCCGGUCGUUGUCGCACUCAUCGUCCUGGCCGUCGUGGGCGGCAUCGCCCUGGCCGCCGUCGCGUACGUCGUCAAGAAGAAGAAGCUGGACGACAAACGGAUCGACCGCGACGAAGCCAUGAUCCGGUCCUUCGACACGUUCAGCUCUCCCGUGGAAAUCAACGCGACCAACAUUGCCAAGAUUUAA